GCUUCUGAUUUUUGUGAUCUCGAAAGCUUUAGCUGAUGUCCUCCACUUGGGCUCCAGACUUCCACUUUGGGAAGCUCUUGUAGUGUAAAUGCUGGCUAUCUGUGCAGAUUUGUAAUAUAGCUACUAUUAUAACCCAUUGCAGCAAACAGGAUAUUUUUUAAAACAGCUGUAACCUAAAUGCUUAAUAUAAUCCACUCCAAUGUGAGUACAAUCAUAGCAUAAGAAUUCAUAUUUUUAAUACUGGGUUAGUAAAUGUGACCAUACAGCUGUCAGGUGGUUAUUGGUGAUUAACAAUUAUUAUUGAAUGAGCCAUUCAACUCAUGACUGUGCUGAGCCUCCUAUGGUCCAAUUCAUAUGGUGCCACUCCACUGCCCUUACUGCAUACAUUCCAUCUUUUUGGAUAUUUAGAAUGUCUAGAAAAUGUGGAAAAAAAUUUACGGCAUCUGGCCUAUGUUGGCAUGAAGCAAACCAUUCAGUAUAAUCCCAUUUUCCAGGGCUUUAUGAUUUUUCAGAUUAUAUCCGGGCAUCAUGCAGGAGGUCACGGGUGAUGUCACUGUUUUAUUUUUCUCUGCUUUUCUCUUUCAAAAAAAAUCUGAAUCUUAAAUCUCCCCUCUAAUCUUGAUCAGUGAUCCUUCUAAGCGGAAUUGGCCCUUUCCAUUUACUCUAUCCAGGCUCUUCAAACUUGUACAUAUCACUCGUCUUCCCUCUGACUUUUUUUUAAGGAAAACACCCCAAUCUUCCAUUAUAGUUUGGGGUUGUAUUGAGAAGGAAACUGACCCUUUCACGAUCUGAAUCUUUGUGAUUCAACUUCCUUCUAAAACAUCAAAGCAUUCGAUUCUGAAGUUUUUUUUCUGGAUAACAAGACUGGGGUAACGAAGGCUAAUUCAGUGCUGUCCACAGCCAGAAAAUCAAAUAAGAAAUGUGGGUCCAUCAACCUGUUUUGGGUUUGUUUUGUCAACGUGAUAAGAUGGGGCACUUGAGUCUAGACUUUCGGCCAUACAGGUGGAGACACUACCCUGUAGAUUACUUUUGUUGGUAAUUGCUGGUUUAUUAAGCAACUUGGGGGAGAUGCGCCUCAAUUAAGUGUCACCUAAUUUCCAAAAAGAAUUCCAACCCCUCUGCUUAGAGCGAUAUGUUAUGCAGUAAUACAAUCCUAAGCCAUAAAUUUCAGGAAGCUUGUUCGUACAUUCCAACUGUUCGUAGCUUUUGUGCUCCUGAGAUGCUGCUUGGCCUGCUGUGUUCAUCCAGCCUCACAUUUUAUUAUCUUGGAAUUCUCCAGCAUCUGCAGUUCCCAUUAUCUUUGUUCGUGGGUACGUUGCUGGUUUUGAAACACACAGUUUAAUGUCUCGGCUCUCUAUGAUUGAUGGGCAGCUGGACUCAGCCACCAGUCUCGCAUGUGAAAAUUCUUCUGUACGCUGCUGCAGUUCGUCCAGCUGAAGCUUUGUCGGGUAAGUUAUUUGCACAGCAAUUUUUGUUUCAAAUGUAUUUAAUUCGAAGUCUGGCAUAACUCUCAGGUACACAAGUUGUUUACAGUGAAUGCAACAAUUUGUAACUGGAACCCUCUUCUGGCUUCCUACCCUCGUAAACACAAGGCUUUUACAGAUCUGCCGACUAACUUAAACCCACCAGGCGGUUGAAACUAUCUCUGCAGCUCACUGACUUUGCCCCCUCAGCGAUCCUGACCGUGAGUUGCUGCGAAACAAAAUCGUUUGGAACGGGAAGUCACCGACAAGACCCGUGUGACAACCCUCAGUCGGUGAAUGGUAGAUUUUGAAGCAAAAUUGUAGGAAUGGUUCUCGAUAAACGGGUCCAGGUCCGGAGCAGCACAGUGUACUUAACAGAGAUACAAACCAUGCUCUGCAUGACUGAGGAUUGUUUCUCUUUGUCACCUAGACUCAGCAAGUUAUGAAGGCAAUCGCUUCGCUUUGGGGAUUUGAAUUUGCUGAAUACAUGAAUUGGCUGGGGGAACGAUUUGGGAUGUCACUGGGAAUUGUUCUGAGGAAGGGUCACUCAAUCUGAAAUGUUAACUGGUGCUUUCUCGCCACAGAUGCUGCCAGGUCCGCUGAGUUUUCCCAGCAACUUCUGCUUCUGUUUGAUCAAACAUCUCUGGCGCGCCCACAGUGGCUGAGCCAAUCUCUUCCCAUUUGCCUUUUGGUACGUUUUCCACACACAUUGAUGUGACUGAACCCUGCUGUCAUCAUCAGCCUGUGAGAUUGUAAAUUAUAAACACUGGCUUCAACCUUUUCAAAGAUUAUUGUUACACACAUCCCUCUGGGACUUGAACCUGGGUCUCCCGGACUAGGGGUAGGGACACUACGAAUAAGGGGGCCUCUGAGGGCGAUGGAAUCGAGAACCUUCAAGCAGCUGCUGCCAACCCUGUUAUCCUCCGCCGGUAGGAAAAGGUGAUAACUUCCCCUUUAACUAGAUACGUGCAUGCGCAUUAUCAUAGUGCAACGGAAAGCUCGGCCUGACGGGAAAGCUGUUUCAAAUAUUUAGUGGCGAUGAAUAGAUUGAACACCGCCGGUCGGCUUCGGAUCGUGUUCUCUAUUUCUAAAACGCAGUAAUGCCCUCAGUCUGUUGUUGACUUUUGCGUUCUCCUUUUCCUGCUUCUUGUCUCGAAUCCAAUGGUCCGUGCCGGAACCACCUUCUCGCACCGUGUGAUCGAGGGGGCCCAUGAGGUGAAACACAGUCAAGAUGGCGACGCUGUGGCGACGGUUCUGCUCCUUGCCUCCUGCGACCGCACUUGGAUUUUGGAGUCGAGUCCGAAACAGUAACAUAGGUAUCUGGACAUGGAGCCUUCUUAAUGAUUACAAAGAGGCCUGUAAAGAGAUUGUUGUGGGAGCCAGAGAUCACCCAGGAAAAGCUGCCUUUUACUGUGCACUCCUCACAGGGGCAUGUGUUUGUGGAUACAAAAACCCAUGUGACAAAUCCUUUCAAGCUACCCUGUUGGAAUCAUCAAACCAGCUUUUAGUUUUGUCACCUUGGGUCCGGAACAGUCGGUCAGACCAGCACAUCCAGAAUCUGGUGACGGUCAAAAACCAGGGCCGACUCCGGCAUCAGAACCUGCUCCUCUUCUCUCUGGUGUAUGCAGCACCCUAUGAUGCCAAGACCAGUUUAUACAAUGCACAGUGUGAAUAUUUGAAACCACGAUGGUCAGAUUUUCCAGGCAGAGUUUUGGACAUUGGGUUUUUUGGCAAGUGGUGGAUCCUUAGUUCCAAAAUGAAAGACUGGGACAUCAAUGACAAUGAGUUUGCUUAUCUGCCUGAUGAGCUGCAAACAGUUACGCCACAGAAUCUUCAUUCAACUGAGAAUGAGAGACUGUUUGAAUUAAAGUUUCAGCCUGUCAUUCUUGAAGAAGAGGACACAGAGGAGAGGGAAGCAGGCUAAAAACGCUGCACACUGUGCCACAGUAGUAACAAAACAUAACAAAAAGUUGUUGAGGAUGGAAACUUAGUUUCAUCCCCUCACAGCUUUAUCCUUCUUGACUAUUUUGGAGCUUUAUUUAACAUUUAUGCUUUAAAAAAAAUUUUAAAAACUUAAAUAAACAUAAUCCCGAGCA